CAAGCAUGGCAUAAAUCCAGCUACUCUCGAAUCCUUAAUUAUGCAUUUCUUUCAUUUCAAAAGCCCUUUUUUCUGGCUUGAUGAACAUAGGAUAAUGAGCGAAGGGUUCUAUUUUUGGUCUCUGUCUGUUUUUGGCUCAGUCCGCCUUGCACUUCAUUUUCAGCAAUACCCCUCAACCCAGCACUCAAUUCUGUAUUUCUGCACUUUUGAAAAGCUGUACAAUUGCGUCAUUUCUCAGGACCAGCCAACUAUGAUAUCGAGAACCAUGCAGAAGAUGUUGAGUGCAAGCUGAAGCGCUGAAGCAAAGGGCCCCUUCAGGUCCCCCCAGGCAAAAAGUACCCCCGGCAAAAGGUUGAUUGAUUGAUUGAUUGAUUUAUUCAUAGACUGUCCCAGCCGCCCUCAGGCAGCUAUCCAGUGCACUACAUACAGGAGUUUCUGCUGCCUGGAAGUUUAGCUAUUCUUGCAAGAAGUGCCCUGCUCUUACACAUGUCAUUCUUGCAAGAGUUGCUUUCUUUCCACUUCAGCUUCCUCUACCUAUAAUCUUCCUGAUUGUUCUGUGUCUCUGCCUUGUCAGGCCUUUCCUGACCAUCCUUAGCUUCUAUGUACUGGUUUUUACACUCGCAUGCUAGUUAUAUCGGAGUACUGUGGAUGGGACCGCUCUGAAUUGGGUCAGAAGGCCUGUCCUGAUCAUCAUCUUUGCUGCUUGUACCGCCAUUGGCGAGUUACGGAGAAUGCGUUUGAUGUCCACGCAUAGAGACCUGCCUGCCCACAUUUGAUGUCGUUCAUCUGCCCAGUUUCGGCACUCCAGGAGGAUGUGACGCACGGUCUGCGGCCCAUAGCCGCAUUGGCACUUGUAGGUGUCGGCCUUGUUGAUGGAGUGAAGGAUUGCUUUUCCCGGCCGGACCCCAAGUUUGAGGAGGUCUUUCCCGUGCUUUGCCUUUUCCCAGGAUACUGAGUUUGUCUCUCGCGGACAUCGCUGGCCUGAAGCAGCGGCGCUACCGCAGCUGCCCCAACGUGGCCGUUGAUGCCACUCCCGUCGGUGUAGAUGUGUAUUGUCGUUGAAUCCAUAGCAUCAUGUUCCUUGAUUGCACCUUCAGCGGAUUCGUUUUAUGCAGAUAACAGGCGGGGUCCACCACGGCGGUACAGCAUGGGGCUGGCGUUUCUCAAGUCGAUUGAGCUGCAGCUUGAAUUUGUUUUCCAAGAUAUUUGAGAACCGGUCGAGAGGGCUCUGUGCAUCGCGUCCCCAGGCAAAAGGUACCCCCGGGCAAAAGGGAAUCGUGGCUCCCCUAUGUGAUGGAACGGUUUAACGAGAGAUGAACUGCAAGUUAUACUGCUCCUAGUACGAGAAUACAAAGCUGAGGAAGGAAAGAAGAAGAAGAAGCAAACAAACAAGCUAUCUAGAAUAUCUACAUUCCUCCCGC